AUGCUGUCCCUCGGCUGCGCCGCCGUGUGGCUGGCUGGCAUCACCGUGCUGGUGGCCGCGUGCAGCGAGUCGCUGACCGGGGCGAUCGAGGAGGUGUCCCACACCUGGGGCCUCAGCCAGAGCUUCCUGGGGUUCAUCAUAUUGCCCAUCGCCGGCAACGCCUGCGAGCACAUCACCGCCGUUUUCGUGGCCAUGAAGGACAAGAUGGACCUCAGCAUGGGCAUCGCCGUGGGCAGCGCCAUCCAGAUCUCCCUCCUGGCCGUCCCCCUCGUCACCAUCGUCGGCUGGGCCACUGGCCACCCCUUCUCCCUGGCCUUCGACCCCUUCAGCGCCCUGGUGCUCGUCCUCAGCGUCAUCCACACAGCGGUGAUGAUCCAGGACGCGGAGUCCAACUGGCUGGAGGCCACAACCUUGGGACGCACACAGCAACCGCUGGGGGGGACGGCGGUGCUGCCACCGCUGCUGCCACUGCUGCUGCUGCUGCUGCUGCUGCUGCUGCUGCUGCUGCUGCUGCUGCUGCUGCUGCUGCUGCUGCUGCUGCUGCUGCUCGGCCUCGGCCUCCAGCUGCUGGUCACCUACUUUGUCAUCGCGGUAGCCUACGCGCUGACCACGUGA